CCCAGUCCUUGACACUUACUGGUGCACUCACUGUUCUGAGGACAUUCGGGCAGUAAUUGCAGCAAAGAGCUUUAAACCUCAGCAUGUCUCUAUCACACCGGGAGCCGCUCUCUGAAGCGGUGGGAAAGCGCAUGGUCGUCACAGGUCCAGACUACAUAAAAGACCACUUGCCGAAAGUUCACCAGCAUACCGCCUAUGUAGGAGAAAAGCGUCCAGCAUUAGAGAAAACUGGAGACCUCAGAUAUUUAUGGAGAUCUGCCCCAAACCGAAGCCUGCCAGCAAAAUAUAAACACCAGUAUGUAGGUGGAAUUGGAUGGGGGAUACCAGAGUACAUCUGCAUCAACAGAUCAAGAUUGGAGAGUGGCUUUCAAAACCAGCUUGGAGAACUAAGUCUCCAUGCGAUUGACAAGCUAACCCACCGUUAUCAGAACCCAUGGCAACCGAAGCCUUCAGUCCUUGACAAGCAAGAAUACAGUCGUGGUUUUCUUGCCUGGAAUAUGGGUGAUUACGAAGACACCCAACAGAGAAACUGCAAAAGGGCUAUUCUUGUUAAACAGAGUAUACAGCCAAGGACCACUUUGCCCUCUAGGCUGCCAAGACUGCCACGGAAGGAAGAGAAGAAAAGGAAACCCAAGCUUCAACGUCAGAACAAUUCAGACUGCUUCUAGGAGAAAGGAU